AGAGUGAAGUUUGUAGCAUUACAAAGUCUACACUUUUGUUUCUGGUCUUGCGGACCAUUCGUUGCCCUUCCAAAAGAAACACAAACCAUGACGAGCAGAUCAGUCAAGAAGCAGGGAAGAAGAAAGUGACGCUGGACCAAUCAUCUCGGCUUGCAAAUUGCAAAAGAAUACAAACCAUGACGAGUCGAUGGAGUCAAGAAGACAAGAAAGAAGAAAAUGAUCGCGAGCGGACUUCUCCUCAUAAACCUGCGGAAGAGGACGUUAAAAUGUGGAGGGAGUUCGAUAUUCACGAGGAAGAGCAGAAUGCCUUCGAUAUGAACGCCUUUGAUUUGUUUGGUCGAGAAGAACCACUCGAUACGGUCGACUUUACAUUUCCUGAACAGUUGCCGGACGUGGUGAUUCAACUGCAGUGCCAAGAGGACUACACACAGUCGACGGGCAUGGCCAUUUGGUUGGGUGCCGACCUUUUGGCCGAUUUCAUGCUCCAAUCGCCCCAUCUUGUACGCGGCAAAAAAGUGCUGGAGGUUGGAGCCGGCGUCGGGCUCUGUGGGAUUGUUGCGUACCAUUUGCAGGCGUCCCAGUUGGUCUCGACGGAUGGAGACCUGGAUGCCUUGGACAAUCUACGACGCAACGUUCAGCAUAACACGGACACAAAAAAGUGCACUUGUCGCCAGAUGAUAUGGGGCAAGAAUAUUCCAGAGUUUCGAGACUCACACGGUCGAUUUGAUGUCAUUCUCGGGUCCGACCUCUUUUACAUGACACGAAGUAUCAAACCUCUCUUUCAAACGGUGGAUCAGUUAUUGACACCCGGUGGCAUCUUUUUGGCUGCCAGUCCCUGUGCCAAGCAAAAUUCAUUCGAAGAUAUUUUGAAAUUGGUGGAAGAAGAGGGAUUUGUUUGGACCCAAGAAGCUUCUGAUGUAUACAUCUUUCGUCGGAAAGCAAAGAAGGAAGAUGGUGAAAAAUAGAGAUAGCCGGCCAUAAUCGAGUAUCCCUGCAUGGGUGUUCAGCUGGAAUUGGUUCCUCAGUGAAUGGGGUCCAAGCUAUCCACUCAGCACGCAGAUAUAGAUGGUUUCCGUGGUUGCCAGCCAAUUGUUCAUUACAAACAACAUUGGGGUAUUCCUGUUUAGGAUUCUCUCCAACUAUGACAUACAGCAGGACGACGGCAAAAUAGAGCAGAUGUGCAGCGUGUUCCAGUCUUCAUCCUGGAAGGGCUGAACUUGUAUGUCAUAUAUUUCCGUCCCUCUUUCUCUUCGUUUUGGGUUUUUCGGCUUCCCUCUCAUCCUGCUGUGUCUCAAUGACGCCCGAGUUGAAAAGCUUGCGGCCGAAGGAGUAGUCCGUAGAGAAUGACCGUUUCCCGUGUCAAACUCUUCCCCGAUCUGAUGGUUCUUCGCGUUCGUCCCACCGCACAGUGGUUCCAACGGGUUGCUAAGCUAGCCAGAAAUGUUUUAAUCCACCAGUUUCCU